AUGGCAAACUGGGUGAAUCAUACCUCGGUCAACAUGCAGCAUCCUCAAUCAUCAGGCCGUCAUUCGAGUGUAGGCUCUGACAUGGGUUCCAUGGCACCAGUCACAGUACCUGGUGCUGUUUUACCUGGUGUAUCGGGUGUUCCUGGUGUUCCUGGUGUUCCUAGUGUUCCUGGUGUUCCUGGUGUUCCUGGUGUUCCUGGUGUUCCUGGUGUUCCUGGUGUUCCUGGUGUUCCUGGUGUUCCUGGUGUUCCUGGUGUUCCUGGCAUUCCUGGUGUAUCUGGUGUUCCUGGUGUAUCUGGUGUACCUGGUAUAGUCGGCGUACCAGGCAUGGCGGGUGUACCUGUUAGUGCUGGUGCUACUGCUAUGGGACCUCAGUACCCUACACCAACCAAUGCAACAAUCAAUGCAGCAGCAGAUACAACAACCAAUGCAGCAACCCAUGCAGCAACCCAUGCAGCAACCCAUGCAGCAACCAAUGCAACAACCUGUGCCACAACCGAUCCAGCAGCCGAUCCAGCAGUCAACCCAACAGCCAACUCAACAGUCAAAUCAGCAGCCGAUGCAGCAACCUAUGCAACAACCUAUGCAGCAACCUAUGCAGCAACCUAUGCAGCGUCCAUCUCAUGUCAAUUUCAGCAACAACAUCGAUCAGGAGGAAGUGCAGCAGCAGCAGCAGCAGCAGCUAGUUCGCUUUCAGCCAUGCCUAAUGUCCAGGGAACAUAUAGUACAUAUGCAUCUCGGAUACGCGAUACAGCGAAUGCAUUAGUUUUGCCACCGGCAUUGGGACGAAGAGCCAAACGUGCAGCUGUAGCUUCUAUGAUGGAGUCCGAUGAGGACGAUUGGGAUUUUGAGGAAGGGGGAUCCUCACGGAGCACACCCAGUAAUCGGAUCCAGAGACAGCUGGAAAAGGAGAGAAUCGAAAAGGAGAAGAAGGCAUGGGUCAAACGACCCCGGAAGACACGCCAUGUCUAUCACACGCAGCAAGCUCUUGAAACCAGUGCAGAUCAGGACGCAAUUCUGGUGCCAAUCCGCUUGGACAUUGAUACAGAUGAGAUUCGGUUACGAGAUUCAUUCACCUGGAACGUGAACGAGCAAUUAUUGACCCCAGAACAAUUUGCAGAAAUCCUAUGCGAUGACUUGGACUUGAACAUGAAUAAAUUUGUACCUGAAAUUGCGCAAGCUAUACGGAAUCAAGUCGCGGAAUUUGAGCCCGUCGCAGAAGUUCAAGUUCCUAACGAGGGUGCUCGUGUUGUCAUUCAUCUUGAUCUGCAUGUUGGAGGGAUCAACUUACGAGAUCGGUUUGAAUGGGAUGUAGGCUCGGAUCUGACGCCAGAGGAAUUCGCAAAACAAUUAACUGCAGACUUGGGACUCGGUGGGGAAUUUGUAUCCAUUAUUGCACAUGAGAUUCAUGAACAACUCUAUCGUUUCAAACAAGAUCGACUCUUGGAUCGAGGUGGAAUCUUUGAAUCCGAACCGUUGUUCUCGGGAUUUCGAUCUUUGGAUGAUGCAGAGAGUUGGACCCCGGCACUCGAAGCUUUAACUACAGAGGAACUUGAAAAGAUUUUGGAAACCAACGAUCGUAGUAUCCGGCUUAAACGUCGUGAAAACUCUCGGUAUCAGGGAGGGAAUCGUCGCCGCGCAGGUGGCGGCGGUGGCGGUAGCGGAUUUGGUGGUGUUGGUAGUGGUAUUGGAUUAAUAUCAUAUGUUGGUGGUAGCAGAGGAGGCUAUGGCUCAUACUCAUCGCCAGCAAAUCGUCGUGGACGUCCCAACAAGGGUGCAUUUGUGAAUAUGGAGCCUUAUGAGGGCUGGCAAUGUCAACAUUGUGGAUUAGGCGCAGCCUCGACUGUCAUGCUGCGAUCUGGCCCUGCAGGUGAAAAGACGCUUUGUAAUACUUGUGGUCUCCAUUGGAUCGUGCACGAAAAAUUGCCGGAGGAACGAAAGGAUCUGUUUGUUUUCAAGUCAGAGUCAAAGGCUGAGAACCCUAUAACAGUAGCAUCAUCAACUCCAACAACAACCCCUCCAACACCAACUCCAACCGCAACAGUUCCCACAGACACAGGAGUAGAAAUUAUGGCAUCUUGAGUGGACUAAAUAAAUAACUUUGAUCCUGU